UAUCUCCUCUUGUGGCAGAAAAUCUACAGCCAUAUACGACUGAUGGAUUCAAACAAGAACGAAGGGAGACCAUUUCCCAUAAAAGGUUAUGUUCCUACAGUGAAUGAACCAUUUCCAAGCAAUGAAUAUCAUACAAAAGUGAAUGAAGCUCUAAAAUCCGUACCAUUCGGAGGAGGGAACCGAUUUUCAAGCAUAGGUUUUCAACCAACUGUCAAUGAUGCUUUGAAAACUAUUCAACCCUUCGGAAGAGGGACCCCAUUUUCCAGUGAAGAUCGUUAUGCAAGAGUGAAUGAAGCUUUGAAAUCACACCCAAAUAGAGGAAAGGAACCAUUUCCAAGCAAUGAAUAUCAUACAAAAGUGAAUGAAGCUCUAAAAUCCGUACCAUUCGGAGGGGGGAACCGAUUUUCAAGCAUAGGUUUUCAACCAACUGUCAAUGAUGCAUUGAAAACUAUUCAACCCUUCGGAAGAGGGACCCCAUUUUCCAGUGAAGAUCGUUAUGCAAGAGUGAAUGAAGGUUUGAAAUCACACCCAAAUAGAGGAAAGGAACCAUUUCCAAGCAAUGAAUUUCAUACACAAGUGAAUGAAGCUCAAAAAUCCGUACCAUUCGGAGGAGGGAACCGAUUUUCAAGCAUAGGUUUUCAACCAACUGUCAAUGGUGCUUUGAAAACUAUUCAACCCCAUUUUCCAGUGAAGUUCGUUAUGCAAGAGUGAAUGAAGGUUUGAAAUCACACCCAAAUAGAGGAAAGGAACCACUACGCCAAAAAAGGGCUUAUAUAGCGCUUUUUUUUGGCUUUAGACAGCGCUUUUGAAGCACUGUGUAAUAUGGUGCUGGUAAAGGUUAAAUACCGCUUUAAAGUAAGCAAAAAGCGCUAUCUAAAGGUGGCCUUAUAUAGCGCUUUCACAUAUAAACGCUAUCUAAGGGAGAGUUUACCUAGCACUUUUAGAUUUAAGUGCUAUCUAAGGAGGACUUUACCCAGUGCUUUUAGAUUUAAGUGCUAUCUAAUAUGGACUUUAUCUAGCGCUUUUAGAUUUAAGCACUACCAAUAGGUGGUUAUUCUAUUACUUUUUUUCUUCAUCAAAUGUAUGUACUAAUGACAGUAGUUUUUUUUACUAUUUAAUCUAAAUAUCCAUAAUA